AUGGCCACUCGCCCUCAGCAAGGCGUCGAAAUGAAGCAAUCCUUGACCCAGGAAGAGCAAGACCUUGCUGCUGCCGGCUACGACCAUAUCGAACAGCAAAAGCUGCAUAGGAUCGAGGAGGAGCGGGUUAAGGACAGCGAGCUUCAUGAACAUAAACUGCCUUUGGCCAGGCUUGCGACUGCUUUGAAUACCUCAUUUGACUCGAAGGAUCCUGCGCGCUCGUCUGGACUCACUGACGAGGACGCUCAGGUUCGGCUUCAACGAGAUGGUGCCAAUGUGUUGACACCGCCAAAGAAACGAAGCGCUCUUCGAAAGUUCCUCGACCGUCUUUUCACGAUGUUCAACAUCCUACUCCUGGUAGCUGGUAUCCUCUUGUACAUUCUUCUGGGUGUUCAGUUCAAGGACAACUUCCAGAAUACGUACCUUGGGGCGAUCCUCCUUUUUGUCGCCUUCUUGAACGCUGGGAUCGACUUCUACCAGAUCCAAAAGUCCGAAGCUAUCCUCGCUUCCUUCUUGGCAAUGAUCCCGCCCACCUGUCGGGUCUUGGUCAAAGGUGACAUUGUCCUGCUCCGAACAGGCGACAAGACCCCUGCCGACAUGAUCCUUUUCUCCGCGAAUGAUUUGAAAGUCGACAACAGCAGUCUGACUGGCGAGUCCGAACCACAGGAACGGCGGCCCCUUGUCGAAGGGUCUCCACACCGUGCCGUGGAAGCCGAAAAUAUUGUACAGGUGUUCAAUUCAACGUUGGUUGUCAAUGGAGAAGGAUGGGGUGGGCAAAUAGCAAGUCUCACCGGUGAGGAAAGUGACAGCGAAUCCCCUCUUGCGAACGAAAUCAACCGCUUCGUCAUAUUCGUCUCCUGCAUCGCCAUCCUCUUCGCCACCGUCUUCUUCAUCGUCGGAAUCACCAAAGUGUACCCAGGCAAGAUUGGUCAAACGUUCACGUUCGCUGUGUCGGUGCUGGUCGCUUUCGUCCCGGAAGGGCUGCCUUCGACUGUCAUGCUCCUGUUGUCCAUAGCUGCGAAGAGGAUGGCGAAGCAGAACGUGCUUGUCAAGGAUUUGCAGGGGGUUGAGACACUUGUCACGAACCUAUGGGCCAGCGGGACCAUGUACUCGGCCUUCCAGUCCCACAACGACGAAAAAUCCUUCUCUAUAAAGGCUCCAGGAAUGCAGCAACUCGUCGACAACGCUGCGCUCAAUUCGAGAAUCAAGUUUGACAGGACGGAUGUUCCACUGGACCAGAGAGUUAUCAUGGGUGAUGCGACCGAGACCGGAUUGUUGAGGUUUGCGGGGAGGCAGAUUACAGAGGAUUAUGAGAGCUUUGUGGGGAGGUACCCGAAAGUGUUUGAAGUACCUUUCAAUUCGACGAACAAGUGGGCUUUGUCGAUUCUCCACAAGCCCCAUGAAGAUGGGGAUCUUACCCUGUACAUCAAAGGAGCUCCCGAACGGGUCCUUGCCAAGUGCUCGACGUACUUGAAGGAUGACGCCACUGUCCCUAUUUCGACGUCUUUCAAAGAAGCUUACAACGAGGCCUACGACUAUAUGGCGUCCAGAGGCCACCGCGUAAUCGCCUGUGCCGAGCUCCUGUUGCCCAGCGCGGAAUACCCCACAACCCACCCCUUCUCCAAGCCCACACCCUCCUCCGACGGUUACCCAACAGAGAAUUACUGCUUCAUCGGCCUCAUUUCUCUUGAAGACCCUCCAAAGCAUGGUGUCCGCGAGGCCAUUGGUACCCUUCGUCUCGCCGGUAUCAAGGUCAUGAUGGUCACGGGCGAUCAUCCCAAAACCGCAGAGGCUAUAGCGAGGAAGAUCAAUCUUGUGUUGGGCGAGACCAGGGAGACGCUAAGUCGGAAGACUGGGAGGUCGAUGGAGGAUAUCUACGAGGACGAGGUUAGUGCGGUAGUUGUGCAUGGGGAUGACAUCGAUGGGUUGCAGGGGUGGCAAUGGGAUCAGAAAGAGAUCGUAUUUUCCAGGACUUCCCCGAAACACAAGCUAGAGAUCGUGAAACGAGCUCAAGCGUUGGGGCAUAUCGUCGGGGUAACUGGUGAUGGCGUGAACGACUCCCCCGCGCUCAAAAAGGCGGACCUCGGAAUCGCGAUGAACAUGUCCGGAUCUGACGUUUCGAAGGAGGCUGCCAACAUGAUCCUCUUGGACGAUAACUUUGCUUCGGUCGUUAAUGUCGUGGUCCCGCUGCCAUUGCCAUUGUCUGCCAUCUUGAUUCUGGUCAUCGAUCUUGGCUUUGAAUUGCUCAUCGCUCUCUCCUUCGCUUGGGACCAACCCGAAACGGAAGAUGGUCUCAUGCGCUUGAAACCUCGUAAACCUGUGACUGAUGCUUCCAUCCACUCUCGCAAACGGAGAGCCCUGCGAAGAUCACGAACCCUAACUCGAGACCGCGAAACAGGUGAAAUCAUACCCCCGAGUCGAGCUUCACGAAUCGCUGCCAAGCUCAAGGCUCCUUUUACGAGAGAAUUUUGGGAGGAAAGGCUCGAGCGUACCGACGACGAGAACCUGGUCGACGCGAAUCUUUUGGCGUAUUCGUACUUGCAAGCUGGUAUGAUCGAGUGUGUUGGGUCGUUGCUUGCGUAUUUCUUGGUGUUCCAUAAGAAUGGGUUUGCUCCUGGCGAUCUGAGGAGGGCUCAGCAAGCUGGAGUCUACUUUAAGAAGGAUAGUCCAGAUUACAUCGCCAACUCUGGACGUGUAAUCACUGCUUCACAACAAGUCGACGCGCUAGGUCAGGCUCAGGGAAUUGUGUAUCUCUCGAUCUUUAUCAUGCAGUGCUUCAACGUCUUCGCCGUCAAAGCCAGACUCUCCUUCCCAUUCGGCAAACGAAUCGUGAGCAACAAAUGGAACUUCCUCGGCAUUCUUGCUGGCGCCUGCCUCGGAAUGUUCAUCAUUUACACUCCUCCGCUUCACGUCGUUUUCGGCGGUUCAUAUCGCCUCUCCCCGCUCUAUUGGCUGGUACCUAUUGCGUUCGGGGUUCUUCUUCUCGCCUGGGCUUCACUUCGUGUGGUUCUGCUCCGCAGUUCUGUCGAACAUAUGAAGGUUCGAGACGUCAGUGGUUUGAUGAUGUUCCCGACGAUGCGAACGAUGAGCAUGAGAUCCCGCGGUUCUCGCCACUGAUAAGAUUUUCAAGGUCGUUCGAUUGGAAGGCGUCGCGCUUGUUUGGGUGUUCUGCUUGCUCGGUCUGAUGGAAUGGAAUUAGAUGGGAUGUAUAUCACAACAUGUAUACCUAUACACGAUAUAUAAUCGACGAUGUCAACGAUGCC